AUAUAAAUUAAAACCGAAAUAUUCGAGCAGUACCUACAGUAGUUUGGAUAGACUUCCAAGUUUAAAAUGUUCCUUGUUGUCCUUUUUGGUCUUUUAUGUACCUUAGCCCAUGGGCUACCGAAUGUAGUAAAGGUAGACUCACUUCGUUCGGUUUAUGCAAAGGAUUUAGAAACCCUGCCAUCCGACAGUGACGACACCAGGAUAACAACAAGUGAGAACGCUUUCGAAAACCAAUUCCCUUACCAGGUUUCCAUUGAGUGGGGUGACAAUGAAACCCCCAGACACUUUUGCGGUGGUAGCAUCAUUUCAGAAUCGGUAGUACUCACGGCCGCCCAAUGUCAUUAUGACUAUGGUACCUAUUCCAUCGUUGCUGGAAUUUUCAAUCGAGUCAGACAAAGCGAAUCUGCUCAAAGGCGAGGUGUCGACAGAUUUGUCAUUCACGAAAGGUUUUCUGGUAGAAGAGGCAUAUAUGACAUUGCCUUAAUAAAGGUGGACUCACCCUUCGUGUUUACUUCUUCCGUUCAAGCUGUUCAACUUCCUAAACAAGGAGUCACUCCUUCUGGAAUUGGGAUCAUUAGUGGAUGGGGAAGGACGUUUUAUAAUUCUGUUCGCCCAGACGUUCUGACAUACGCCGCCGUACGAAUUAUAUCUAACAGGGAUUGCGCUCAAACGUUGAUCAGUGUUGUUGGAUCUUCCAGACCUUUAGACGAUACCCAAUUUUGUUCCAGUCCUACUGUGACUGGUAGAACAGGAAGGACGUCAGUUUGCGAUGGUGACUUCGGUGGCCCAUUUGUCCAAGGCUUUGUCCAAGUGGGUAUUAUCUCUUGGGGUAUAACACCAUGUGGCACUACUAUUUCGCCAUCCGUUUACGUACAAGUUUCCCUUUAUGUGGAUUGGAUUAAAGAUAAACUUGCACAGUUGUGAGAUCUGUUGCUCACAUAACUAUUUAAAUAAAUCUGUACCCAAACAGAUGUAUUCAAUAAAAUUGCUCAGAAAUAAAUAACGUCUGUUCAUUUAAA